GGCGGGGGCGCGGCUGCCUGGUCACGUGGGGGCGCGGCGCGGCGCGGCGCUGCCGCCAUCCUCUGCCAAGAUGGCGUCGCUGCUGCAGUCGGAGCGCGUGCUGUACCUGGUGCGCGGCGAGAAGGAGCUCCGCGCGCCGCUCUCGCAGCUCUACUUCUGCCGCUACUGCAGCGAGCUCCGCUCCCUGGAGUGCGUCUCUCACGAGGUGGACUCUCACUACUGCCCCAGUUGCCUGGAAAAUAUGCCAUCAGCUGAAGCCAAGCUGAAAAAGAAUAGAUGUGCUAACUGCUUUGACUGCCCCUGCUGCAUGCACACUCUCUCCACCCGGGCCACUAGCAUUCCUGCUCCACUCCCUGAUGACCCAGCCAAAACUACCAUGAAGAAAGCGUAUUACUUGGCCUGUGGAUUUUGCCGCUGGACUUCCCGAGAUGUGGGCAUGGCAGAUAAAUCUGUUGCUAGUGGCGGCUGGCAGGAGCCGGAGAAUCCUCACACACAGAGGAUUAACAAACUGGUUGAGUACUACCAGCAGUUGGCACAGAAAGAGAAGAUUGAGCGGGAUCGGAAGAAGCUGGUGCGACGCCGAAACUACAUGCCACUGGCCUUUUCGCAACACACUAUACACGUAGUGGACAAAUAUGGCCUGGGAACCCGGCUUCAGCGCCAGCGAUCUGGAGCUCCUAUCAGCGCUCUCGCGGGACUCUCUCUGAAAGAAGGAGAGGACCAAAAGGAGAUCAAGAUUGAGCCAGCUGAUGCAGUAGAAGAGGUGGAACCCCUUCCUGAAGAUUACUACACAAGACCAAUCAAUCUGACAGAAGUGACGACUCUGCGUCAGCGUCUGCUGCAGCCUGACUUCCAGCCAAUCUGCGCUUCCCAGCUCUACCCACGCCAUAAGCACCUCCUGAUCAAACGUUCGCUUCGCUGUCGGAAAUGUGAACAUAACCUGAGCAAACCAGAAUUCAAUCCAACAUCUAUCAAAUUCAAGAUCCAGCUGGUUGCUGUUAACUAUAUCCCUGAAGUGAGAAUCAUGUCUAUUCCUAACCUGCGCUACAUGAAGGAGAGUCAAGUUCUUCUGACUCUGACCAAUCCCGUGGAGAACAUCACACAUGUCACACUGCUGGAGUGCGAGGAGGGAGACCCUGAUGAUAUCAACAGUACUGCCAAGGUAGCAGUUCCUCCCAAGGAGCUUAUUCUGGCUGGCAAAGAUGCUGCAGCAGAAUAUGAUGAGCUGGCAGAGCCUCAAGACUUCCAGGAUGACCCUGACAUUAUUGCCUUCAGAAAAGCCAAUAAGGUAGGAGUUUUCAUCAAGGUCACUCCACAGAAAGAGGAGGGUGAAGUGACCGUGAGUUUUAAGAUGAAGCAUGAGUUUAAAAACCUUGCUGCUCCAAUCCGGCCCAGUGAGGAAAGCGAUCAGAGCUCUGAAGUCAUCUGGCUCACCCAUCACGUGGAGCUCAGCCUUGGUCCGGUGCUCCCAUAAAUGCUCCUGACACCUGCAUCCCAAAGGCUGGCCACAGGAUAGACUGUCACAGUAGAAGACUGCACCCUGGUGAGAAGUUCUGCAAGAGAUCCUCUGUGAUGUGUGGAUGUGGGCCAGGGACUCCAGCCAAGCCACAAGGAGGAAGCUGCAUGGAUGUGGGCGAGGGUACCAUGUUUUUGGAUGAUUUGUUCUUCUCCCUCCUCUUAUCGUAGUGUCCACUAACUACCACUCUGUUUCCCCACACCACUAUGUGCUAGUUUAACUUACAGCACUUGUUUCAGCACAGAGAAAGAUCUAGCUUUCUCCAGAUCUGCACUACACCUAGCUGAAUUUUUCUUUAUCAACAGAAAAGAACCUGUAUUGGUCUUUUUCUUCAUCAUGUCAUUCCACAAAGCUAAUGUUGCAUACUCAGUUAUGGAAUUCUUCUUUUCCACACAGAGCUAUGCCCUUCCUGAGAAGACAUUUUAGGAGGUGACCAUGUCUGCUGCAUUACAGUCAAGUCUCUCUUGCAGCCAGAUGGUUUUUUUUUUUUCUGGUUCCUCAUAGGAUCCUUCAAAUACGUGUGUGGGACUCAAAGGUACAACUCUUGUUAUGAAAAAAACACUUUGGCCUGUGUAGCUUGCUUGGCCAAGGUGAUAAAUCUGUCUUCACAAAGGAAGUGAUCACUUUGCCUUUAAACUGAAAACAUAGUAUACUGUAUUGUUCAUGGAUUUGACUGGCAACCAGUCCCACCAUAAGCAAGAUGGAUUUGAUAGCGUGAUGCUUUACAAAUUGGGAAUCAGAUUCUGAUAUAGUUCUUUACUGAGUCAAGGAUGUUUCUGCGAGGCUGCCUGGCAGUCUUCAUAUCAAUAAAAUUGUGUUAAUGGGGAUAGCAACCAGAGAGUAUGAAACUUGGAGAGUUUAGUCCAGUGUACAUAAAACUCCAAGGGGUGUUCAAGUUCAUGCUCAGUCUUUUUCCUGUUACAGCAGGGUGGGGAAAAAUGUAAAGGAGGAAAGACUGUUACUCUAUAACUAGCAUAUAUUCUACCAUUAUAAAAAGAUAACUCGUCCAUGGUGUAUCCAGGGUGUAAUUUGGCUAUAGUCCAAGCUAAAACUGGUAACUAAGAGCAGUGUACCCAUGACACUGGAUACCAAUAGCUACAAUAGUGUAGUGCAGGCAGGCAAGAUACCUCUUCCUGCUGGGACUUCAGUUGCAUUCCUAAAUCAGUCAUUAACCUUUGUUAAACAUUUCUGAUAGUCUUUAAUAUGCUGGUGAUAUUGGGAAGGGCUGAAAUACCAGCCAGUUACGAUUUUAUUGCUUGAGACUUAAGACAGGGUUCUGCCAGUCUAAUGUUGCAAAGCAUCUGUAUGAGAGGAAGGGAUUAUGCUGCCUCCUCUCCUAGUGAGGUGAUGAUGCAGCAACUACAGCUUGGUGCGCCUAAAAAUACGUCUCACCUAAAGCAAGAAAACUGCCUGUGGGUGUCCAGAGUGAUGGAUUUGACAGCUCUGCAAGGGAAGCAUGCCUUAUCUCCCCAUUGUGCAAUGGGUCUUAAAGCAGCGAGGUUUCCUGUUUACAGGUUUGCGUAGGCUAUACACAGACAUACAGCAUGAGUUUAAGAAGUGUAGUUUAUAUUUAUUCUUAAUGUAUAGUGUUAGUGUCUGCUGCUGUUUUACCUUUCAAGAUAACAAAACAGUUAAGCUUUGGCCAUGAGUUCUCUUCAUUAGCCAAAUAGCUGGCACCCCUUGCAACACUGAGGACAAGCAGGCUUUGGGAGGAGCUGUUGGCUGCUGGGCCCUGCUGAACUGCACCUAGUGCUCCCUCUGGUAAAGGAGGAAUUUGAAAUUGGGAUUUUGUUGUGUUCGGUGGGUCCUUUGGCUGUUAUUUAUGUUAUAGGAAAAUAAGAUAUACUUGUGGGCUCUGAGUCGCUAGUUUGAAAACUAAAGGGUGCGUUGACUUUUUUUUUCUCUUUUGAAUGGUUUAACUAGUCUGGUGCAUUUUCUUCCCCCUUUAGAUGCUUAUAGGAACUAGGAAUAGCAUUCGCUGUGUCCUUGUGUCUGUCUGUGCAGAAGUGCCUGGCCGCGCUCUGCCUCCAUCAGUGUCUGCCCCUUACUGACGGGCACCUGUGUUGCCUUAUCGCUUAAUUUCAUGUAGUGGACUUCAAUAAAGCAAAGUUGGCUCUCUGC